AUGGUACGAACUGCUCCUCCACCACCUCCACCACCAACGACUACUGAUUCGGGUCAUCCAUCGAUACUUUAUAGCAGGCUCCCGUUGUCUCCUAAUCAUCCCAUCAUCAUUCUCAUUCCUGUUCCCCCCGGUCGUCCUUUCCUUUCCAUCGUGUGUUUGUGUGUUUUGGUCACCGUCUACGGGAUACUUAGCUUGUUUACACCACACCACCACGGUCACCUACCUCACCUACCUACGGGCUGCGGUCUACUUCACCACAUUUCCCUGGUUCGCUUAUAUCCAGCCUGGAAGGCGGGCCUCGACACCGACACCGUCACCGACUCCUCGACCCAUAGUCGGGCUCUCCGAGUAAUCCUCACAUUUCUCUCACUGAGCCCGAACCUGAACCUGAACCUGGACCUGGACCUACCUAAACCCAACCGCACCUUGCCUGGCACAGACACUCACAACAAUACAUCUUUUUUCUUCCCCUUCCCGCUCGCCGUUCAAAGACAGCAAAACAUCGAGAGAAUUCCAAGCUCCAACCGAGGCAACCCACCCGACGCUCUCUUCUCCCACCCCCGGGUUGCCGUCUCGUCCCGCGCCUGCGCCUACGCCUGCACUGAUAACCCACAUCUCCGGCACCUUGCCAAUCUCCUCCACCCAUCUUGCUCCAUCGUCCCCAAACAGCUGCGCGCUCUUUCGUCGCCCUAUUCGUUGUCGCCCACCAUGGAUCCCUCAACAGGGCCGGGCACACCGUCCCAUCCAUCUCAUCAGUCCCACGAUAGCUCGACCACCGCAUCGCCCACUGAUACUCGUCAUCAGCCCUCAAGGUUCGACUCUUAUGUCGCCUCCCGCGACGAAGGUCUCUCCGAAAGUUUCCAGUCCUUCCAGUCCACCGACACGGUGCGGAGGCGCCCAGAAGGUGGUGGCUACGAAACCAAACGAGUCUUGGUCGUCCGAGUUACCCAGUUGCCCAACGUGAAAACCCCCUGGCUGAUAUCAUACCCCCGUGCGCUUGCAGGUUCUAUACAUACCCAAGGCUCCGGCUCUCAAUACCUGGCCGACCCGUCCGCCCACGAUCGAUCGCAUUCACGCUCGACAACAACUGCUAGUGCUAGAUCGCCCAUGAUGGGUCCCGAACGCCCCAAAGCUGCGAAGCCGCGAAAGCCUCCCAUGCCCCGUCGCCUGUCAACCAACCCAUCAGCACCACACCGCGGCGAAGUCUUUUCUGUCGACGACGACAUCGAUGAGGUCGAGGCAGAUGCCGCUGGCCGUCAUCAAAGCCGUCAGGGCAGCACCGCUUUUGGCACCCGCCGCCGGCCUCAACUGGCAACCACGCUAUCGCGCGUCCAAUCUUCACGCAGCGAUACUGGAAUCGAGGACGAUGACGAUAACGAUGAAGUCGAGGAUGGUCCGCGGACACCCAGAGCUGACGAGGAUGCUCCCGAGGAAACCGAGCGCGUUCCCUCGAUACACCCCGACCAAGAUGACAUUGAUGCAGAGUCAGAUGGCGACGUGAGCGACGCCGAGAGCUUUACGCUCAAGGAUCGUCAGCAGGCCAUCAACCAGACCCAUCCGUUCGGUAUCAGGUUGUGGAAGCCUGCGUUGUACAAGAAAGAUCGUUCGGUGCAGAAGAAUGCCGAGGGUGAUAUUCAUUCAUCACCUGGCGGAAGAGUCCACACUUGGCUUGUCUUCUUCAACCUUCUCUGGACUUUGUUGUUCGGCUGGUGGAUGGCAGCUUUCUCAGCUCUCGGCGCUUUGGUCUGUUUCUUGUUCGCCGCAACCCCUAGCGGCAGGGAAUACGGCAGAGUUCUUUGGGGCUUGGCUGGCUACCUCUUCUACCCAUUCGGCAAAUAUGUGCGCCUGGAGCAGGAUGACGCCUACCUGGAUGAGGACCAAGGCGAAGGACGAAGCAUUUCCGAGUAUGAGCAGUGGCAGAGUGGUGACCUGGAAUAUGGCCGCCUCUUCUUUGGUCCCGAGGGAUCUGAACGCAGCCGAUCUAUCGUUGGACGCUCGCGCAGGAGCAUCGACUCUGAGCCUAGCGAGACCGACAGCCUCCUGGGCCGUUCUCGACGCGGAGAGCGAAGCCAGACACCACCCCAGACCAAGCGCCGUUUGUUCGGAAGAGGCCAGUGGAACAUUGGCCGCGUGGUCUUCUUCUUGUUCUUCUACCUCUUGCUCUCACCCUCGCUGAUCCUGGUAUCCUUGAUCUGCUGGUUCCUCGUCUUCUCGAUUCCCAUGGGCAAGGUCACUAUGCUGCUCUUUGACCAACUGCGCCGCCACCCCUUGGCACUCUCGUUCGAGUCCGACAUCGUUCUCGCCCGGACAGCUGAUACGCCGCACUCGUCAAUCUUGCUGUGCACGUAUCGCGCUGUCGGUAUCAAGUACUGGAAAUACACCAUCGACGGCACAAACGUAUUCUUGAUCAACCUCAUGGGUGUUGUCUUCUUCGUCAUCCUUGACUAUCUCGUUCUCGACCAAGUCCUCGAUCUGAAGCUCUUCAUCACGUCACCCGCCUUCCUCUUCAUUGCCGGCUUAUUCUCCAUCGUGCCGCUCGCCUACUUCAUCGGCCAGGCUGUCGCCUCCAUCUCGGCACAGUCUUCGAUGGGUGUUGGUGCUGCCAUCAACGCUUUCUUCUCCACGAUUGUCGAGGUGUUCCUCUACUGCGUUGCCCUGAGCCAAGGCAAAGGCCAGCUCGUGGAAGGCAGUAUCGUGGGAAGUAUCUUUGCGGGUAUUCUUUUCCUACCGGGUCUUUCCAUGUGUUUUGGUGCCAUCAAGCGCAAGACGCAGCGUUUCAAUGCCAGGUCCGCCGGUGUCACUUCGACAAUGUUGCUUUUCGCCGUCCUCGGCGCCUUUGGACCCACGCUCUUCUACCAAAUCUACGGUACUCACGAGCUCAACUGUUUGGACUGUGUGAACCACGGUGGCAUUGGGGGAGGUCUGUCUCCUGUCGGCGACGGACGCGACUGCAAGCGAUGCUUCUUCUCUCAGACUCCGGCGCUCAACGAUCGCUUUUAUAUCGAGGCUGUCCGUCCGUUCUGUUACUUUUGCGCCACGUUAUUGUUCCUCUCCUACAUUGUGGGACUGUGGUUCACACUGCGAACCCAUGCUGCAGUCAUUUGGAACUCCGAGAUUGACGAGAAGAAGCACGAAGAGGCACACGCCCACGCUCACGCUCAUGCCCACGCUAGACAGUCGGGUCCUCACUCAUUUGCUGAAACCACCGGUACCUCAGUCGACGUCCGUGACUCUCACCUCUACAAACGCAUCCUCGGCCAGUCGCUCAAGCAGGUUGGCCUUGCAAACAAGAAAGAUGACAGCUCUCGCCAGGGGUCCGUCACCGGAUUGGGCUUGAGUGCUGGCAAUGGCAGCGUCAGUAUCCCGCACGUCGUGCCUCCGAAGUCCAGCGGCAGCGAUACGGUCCGCUCUACUGUUCACAUCCCUGGAUUCUCAGAGGCGGAGAACAACGCAUUGGUCCGAGAGGUGGCAGAGAUGGCGGCCACUGCGGCCACGAUUGCUGCACGGGAGCGGAUGCCUCGCAGGACCUCGGCGCUUCCCCCGGGUUCGACUGCGGCCACCUCGCGUCCCCCGGCCCUCCGUACCGCUACCGUUGCCGACAAUGAAGAUCUCGCAGCAGCAAGCACUGCCCAAGUGCCCCACGGUGGACACGACGCUCCCAACUGGAGCCGAGGCAAGAGUGCCUUCAUCCUCAUGGGUGCUACCGUACUUUAUGCCAUUAUUGCCGAGAUUCUAGUAGACACUGUAGACGUCGUUCUUGAAGGCUUCGCCAUUGAUGAGAAGUUCUUGGGUAUUACUCUUUUCGCGCUGGUCCCCAACACGACCGAGUUUUUGAACGCCAUUUCGUUCGCUAUGAACGGCAACAUUGCGCUCUCUAUGGAGAUUGGUUCUGCCUAUGCGCUUCAAGUCUGUUUGCUUCAGGUUCCGGCACUUGUCCUAUUCUCUGCGAUUUACGUCACCUCGGAUCGUUUCGAAGACCUCACUGCGCACACCUUCUCGCUCCUGUUCCCCCAGUGGGACAUGGUCACUGUCAUCAUUUGCGUGUUCUUGCUUAGCUACAUGUACGGUGAAGGAAAGAGUAACUACUUCAAGGGCAGCAUUCUGCUGCUCAGCUACCUUGUAGUCAUUGUGGGCUACUACUUCUCAGGGUACACCGAAGACGCCAUGAGCGUGAGUCGUUUUGAUGUCAUGGGCGCCAACGGACAGUACUCGACCAUCAAGACUGUUGGCCGGAGAGUGAGCGGCGCUGUUCUGCAAGGAGAGGCUGUACCUGAAGAGGGGGAAACAUCAUUAAAGGGCGGUAGAAGGUCAGAGGUUCAUGAAGCCCCAGUCUCAACCUGGGGCUUCUUCAUGAUUCUCGGUUUCCGUGAGACCUCGUCAGUGCCUGGAUCAUCAUGUUCCGCCGAAUGCCAAGUGGGGGACCGGACGAUCAACGUCAUGACUAAGUGGAGUACCACAACGGGCACAACCAACGGCGACGGUUACGAAUCUUGGCUUUUAUUCCCGAUCCGAAGACGCGAGUUUGAUUGCUAUCUCGCGUGGGGGAGGAGGGGCCAGAUCACAGGUAACAUGGCUCCUGCAACGCUGACAUACCUGCAACGCGGGUUUAUUCUAAAUGAGAGGCUGUUUAUUGGCUGGGGUGUGUUUAUAACAAAUUGGACUCGCUGA